AGGAGCAAGGGGCAGCAUGAGGCCAGAGUGGUGGCACACACACACUUGCCUGUCAGUGGAGGCAGGUGCUGGGCAAGGUGAGCUCUGGCUAAUCCACUACCCCACCAAACAGGUGUUGGCUCUGUUGAGACAAGUUCAGAGGUCCUGGAGGCCUGAACUGAACCGAAUUAAUGGAGAUUUUUCUUUUUUUUUUUCUUUUCUUCUUCUCUCCUUCUCAGGUGGACGAAAGCUACUCAGCCGGCAGUCCUUCAAAAGGCCUUUUCUCCAAAGGGCUCCAGAACCGACCUUCCAGCCCCGUUUCUGCCCCUGUGAGAUCCAAACACAGUCCUGGCUCACCCAAAACAGUGUUCCCCUUCCCCUACCAGGAGUCUCCCCCACGCUCCCCACGCCGAAUGAGCUUCAGUGGGAUCUUCAGGUCAUCCUCCAAAGAGUCUUCCCCCAAUUCUAACCCAUCUACCUCUCCUGGGGGCAUCAAGUUUUUCUCCAGAUCAAGAAAAACCUCUGGCCUCUCCUCUUCUCCAUCUACCCCAACACAAGUGACCAAGCAGCCCACGUUUCCUCUUGAUUCCUGUAAGCAUGAGCCUGAGAGACUCGAAACACGGAUUCACUGUUCCUCGCCUCCGGACACAGGGCAGAGAUUUUCUCUGCCUCCAUCACAAAGUGCAGCCAAGCCUCCCAUCAUGACACCAGCUCCCUUGAGGGCAUCUGCGGCGGCAGCGGCUCCGGCUCCCUUGCAGCUCCCGGCCGCCUCCGAAGGGAUGCUGGAGAAACUAGAGCUCGAAGAUGAAGCACUUGAAGAAUCGGAAAGUGACAUUUAUGUGCGAUUCAUGAGGUCACACAAGUGUUAUGACAUUGUUCCAACAAGCUCUAAGCUUGUUGUUUUCGACACUACGCUACAAGUAAAGAAAGCUUUUUUUGCCUUGGUGGCAAAUGGUGUGAGAGCAGCUCCACUGUGGGAGAGUAAAAAACAGAGUUUUGUAGGAAUGUUAACAAUUACAGAUUUCAUUAACAUACUGCAUAGAUACUAUAAGUCUCCAAUGGUUCAGAUUUAUGAAUUGGAGGAGCACAAGAUAGAAACCUGGAGGGAGCUUUAUUUACAAGAGACUUUUAAACCUUUAGUGAACAUCUCCCCAGAUGCAAGCCUUUUUGAUGCUGUAUAUUCGUUGAUCAAAAACAAAAUCCACAGAUUGCCAGUUAUAGACCCAGUCAGUGGAAAUGCACUUUAUAUACUUACCCAUAAAAGAAUCCUCAAGUUCCUCCAGCUUUUUAUGUCAGAGAUGCCAAAGCCUGCCUUUAUGAAGAAGAAUCUGGAUGAACUUGGAAUAGGAACUUAUCACAACAUUGCCUUCAUACAUCCAGACACUCCUAUCAUUAAAGCCUUGAAUAUAUUUGUAGAGCGAAGGAUAUCGGCGUUACCUGUUGUGGAUGAGUCAGGAAAAGUUGUAGAUAUUUAUUCCAAAUUUGAUGUAAUAAAUCUUGCUGCUGAAAAAACGUAUAAUAACUUAGAUAUCACAGUGACACAAGCCCUACAGCACCGCUCUCAGUAUUUUGAAGGUGUUGUAAAGUGUAGUAUGCUGGAGACACUGGAGACCAUUGUGGAUAGAAUAGUGAAGGCUGAGGUUCAUCGUUUGGUGGUAGUGAAUGAAGCUGAUAGCAUUGUGGGUAUCAUCUCCCUUUCUGACAUCCUACAAGCUCUGGUACUCACACCUGCAGGUGCCAAACAAAAGGAGAACGAGAGUGAAUGACUGCUGUGAAUGUACAUGUUUGUAGGAGAACUUGAACAGAGUUUCUGGGUCGUCUGUCUCAAGAGCAGUGACUGCAAUGGAACAGAGCAGAAUGGUUGAGAAUGUGUUUUGGGACUUAGUGAUGGAUGAUGAGUCUCUUCCCCCCAGUGAUGUCGCAAAAAAAGCAGCAUGACAAAAGCUUAUGUUAAAAUGUAGGCUCGUAUUUCAAAACGUCUUCAAAACAUUUGCUGGAAGACUUCACAUGAUGUCCUUCAUUAAAAUGCACUGUAUUCUGAAACUUUUUCAUUUUGUAUUUGACAGAAGUCACUGGUCAGCAAUGGAUAUAUGUGACAUAAGGCAAGUGUAUGGCAUAUUCAUAUCAUAGUGCCUUAUGUCAAAAUACAGCAAUAUGUCAUCACUGUUGCCCAUCACUGUCAAAGGAAGUGUUGUGCUAAACGAGACACUGUAUUUGAAUGUGAAAGUCUUUAAACCUAAAACCAAAUCAGUUUCAGUUCUCAUUAGAUUUGUCAUAAAAGCUGUAAUAUGGGUAUCAGUAGACUUCUUUAAAACUUCAAUGACAGUUUUGUGUUCAAUGUUGCAUUCUGAACUGAAAUGUAAAACAAGACUGAUUUAAAAACAGCUUUAUUUAUUUUUACUUUCAUGACAAUUUUUUACACAUCUUUGGUGGAUAGCUAAAAUUUCACCAUAUCCAUUAAUAAACUGUUGAUUGUUAUACAAACAAGUGGGAGAUUUUUCUCAUUAUUUAAAACUUUGGAGUUGCAGAAGCUGUACCCUGUCCACCAGUCUGUUAUUUGAGCUGAAGAUUUCAGAAGCACGGAUUGAAAGUGCUCUGUCCUGUCAUACACAGGCACCACGGAGGAAAUGAGGUGCCA